GCUCCCGUGAGGGUGCGAUCAGCAGGCGCCGGCCGCUCCCCCGGCACCGCGAGUCGCCCCGCGCCUUAUAACGCCCCUGCCCGCGCGCCUGGCCUUCCCUCCGCGCCCUGAGCAGCAGCGAGGCAGACGCCAACGGCUCCCCAGCGCCCGCUCCUGCCCAGUCUCCCCAGCCGGGCGGCGAGCGGAGCCGCCCCACCGAGCGGACACGCCGCCCAGGCAGCUGCAAUGGAGAAUGAGCUUCUGAUGACCUUUCUUUUGUCAUUUUCCAUAUUGUUCUGCAAAAGUCAUCGUCAUGAAGUAGAGCUGGCUACUGUUGCACAGACCUCUGAGAAAUUAAUUCCAGAUAAGGCAGCUGGUGUCAACACUGACUUGGCAGCACUUAUGCAGAAGCAUCACCUUCAGGAACUUUUCCAACGUUAUGGGGAGAACAAUACUUUGACUAUUGAAGGAUUUAGAAAGUUGCUGCAAAACAUAGGAAUAGAUAAAGUGAAAAGUAUCACUAUUGGUCAUGAUCACGAUCAUGAUCAUCAUCUUCAUCAUAACCAUGUUAUGCUAAGCAAAAACUUAGAGAGAACAGAUUGCCCAAAUCAUGAAUCUGGUGGUAUAAAUAAAGAUCCUAGUAAUGGUCAGGCAAAGGAAUUACAAAGAAUAGAAAACGCUGAGCACAAGCAGAACUUGAUAAGCAACAAAAACACUGUUAUGGAAAUAACUGCAUAUACCAACACCACUGCUACAGAUGGCAAUCCUUUGUUACAGAAUUCAGAAACCAGAGAAGUGAAGCCUGUUCAUAUAAGUCUAACCAGCCCCAGUGCCAUAAAUGUCACAGACAGCAGCAGUUGCUUCAAUGUAUCAAAACUGAUGACGUCUCAUGGAAUAAGCACACAAGUAUUGUUGGCUGCUACAGAAUUCAGCUAUCUUUGUCCAGCAAUUAUUAACCAGAUUGAUGGUAAACACUGCAUAAUCCAUGCAGCUAGUGAAAAGACUGAAAGCCCUCCAAAAAGCUAUUCUUUGCAAAUAGCUUGGAUUGGUGGUCUUAUAUCAAUCUCCAUCAUCAGUUUUCUUUCUUUAUUGGGUGUUAUAUUGAUACCGCUGAUGAAUCGUGUAUUUUUCAAGUUUCUUCUAAGUUUCCUUGUGUCACUGGCUGUUGGGACUCUGAGUGGAGAUGCUUUUUUACAUCUCCUUCCACAUUCUCAUGGAAAUCAUCACCAUCACCACGAGAAACUUUUACUUGAACAAAAUAAAGAUGCCCUGUUCAAGCAUCUUGUCUUUCAAAGUGAAGAAGAAACUGCUUAUUUGGAUUCCACAUGGAAAGGACUGACAGCCCUUGGAGGCCUGUAUUUCAUGUUUCUAGCUGAGCAUUUGAUCACUUUAAUUAAGCAGUUUAAAGACAAGAAGAAAAAGAAAAAAAAUGAAGAUGCAGAAAGUAAGAAGUUUUCAACAAAUGAAGAAAAAUUAGAUGCAGAUUAUCGGCCUGAAGGUUACUUAGGGACAGAGUCACAAGAUCCAUCACACUUCAUUUCUCAGCAACCUGUGGUACAAGAAGAAGAAGAAGUCAUGAUAGCUCAUUCCCAUCAAGAGGAAACAGACAAUGAAUAUGUAUCCAGGGGGUGUAGAAACAAAUGCCAUUCUCAUUUACAUGACACUCUUGGACAGUCAGAUCAUCUGAGUCACCAUCAUCAUGACUACCAUCAUAUUCUGCAUCACCAUCAUACCCAGAAUCAUCAUCCACACAGCCACAGUCAGCGCUACUCACGCGAAGAGCUGAAGGAUGCUGGGAUAGCUACUCUAGCCUGGAUGGUGAUUAUGGGUGAUGGACUACACAACUUCAGUGAUGGCUUAGCAAUCGGCGCAGCCUUUACUGAAGGUUUAUCUAGUGGAUUAAGUACUUCUGUGGCUGUAUUUUGCCAUGAAUUACCCCAUGAGUUAGGAGAUUUUGCUGUACUUCUAAAAGCUGGCAUGACAGUCAAACAAGCUGUUCUUUAUAAUGCUCUAUCAGCUAUGCUAGCAUAUCUUGGAAUGGCAACUGGGAUUCUUAUUGGUCACUAUGCUGACAAUGUUUCAAUGUGGAUAUUUGCACUUACUGCUGGCUUGUUCAUGUAUGUGGCUCUUGUUGAUAUGGUGCCUGAAAUGCUGCACAAUGAUGCUAGUGAUCACGGAUGUAGCCGUUGGGGAUAUUUCCUGUUACAGAAUGCUGGAAUCCUGUUAGGUUUUGGGAUUAUGCUGCUUAUCUCUGUGUUUGAACAUAAAAUUGUGUUCAGCAUAAACCUAUAAUCUUGGUUAUCUGAUGUUGAAUUGAAGCUUAUAGUAGACAUGGUUCUGCUUUUUCUAUUAGCUACUGUAAAUGAGCUCUAGGCUUUAUAGGCUAGGCAUUUUUUUAUUGAUGUAUCUUUUUUUUCCAGAAGUAAAACUGAAUGGUGUGAACUGUUUACACAUAAUGCUCAGUAUUGUAUGAGGUACUAUAGAUAACUGCGCUAGUCAGACUGCUGCACUGUUACACAUGGUAAAAGUGCCAAAUCCAUAAAGGAGUAUCACUUUUUUUACAAUUUUUAUUUUACAAUAUUGUUCUCUGAUUCAUUUACUGCAUGUAAUAAUUGUGAGAUUUUAGUGUCUUGUACUUUUACCUAAAUGGUGCUUGCCUGUAUAAACAAGUGAAAUGGCCAUGUUCUUCUUGUAGUAUGAAAUGCAAAAAUUGUCCACUUUUUCUAUUUCGAGAAACAGUGAAUACUCUUAACAUGUGGGCAGAGUGAGUAUUGUAAAACAAAAUAUUUGAAGAGAGAAAUGUAAUAAAUGGGAUAUAGGUAUCAGCUAUUACGGGAGUUACAAAUCAGACACAUGGCUUAUCCAAAGUGUACCCAAGUUGAGUCAAAAUAUGGAAAUUUCAUAACAAAGCUUGCUGAAAUAAUGAAGCUGGGAGAUAUUGUGUAUAAUCUAUGUACAAGAAAAAUUACCAGAACAACAAGCUGAGGCAAAAGGAACAAGAAACAUUAACAGCUCUUUUUCGAUAAAUGGUGUAUUUCGUGUGGUGAGAUGUGCUAUAUUUGCAUCUGUAUAAAACCAAACAAAGAAACUGGGUGAAAUCUUGGUUCGGUUGAAGUCAAUGGCAAGGCCCCAGUGGCUUCAGUGGGGCCAGGAUUUCACCCACAGAACUUACCUGAAAAAUGCUGCUUCUGCUGCCCAUGGUGUCUCAUCUUGGCUUGGUGCAUGUCAGCGGGGUGUCUCCCUUGUAAAUAUGAAAAUGGUAGUACCCAGGGAAGAUCUGUAAACAUUUUGGGGCAUCUUGUAUACUGCUUGGCCAUUUUGUUUAUCUUAAAUAUUCUGAACUCUCUGACAUAGCACUAAGAAUCUCUCUGCAGUUUUCUUAAAUGAUGCAGCUCAGCGUUUAAGCCCGUAUACUUUCAUAAGCAAAGGCAUCUAGAAAGAACAAAGUAAUUCAAAAACUUUGGCUCAGCCAAACCAUGAAAUCAUGCAGUCUUCUCACAGGUGCGCAGGAAAUAUGGGAGGUGUGUGUGUGUGUGUCCACGGAAUAGGGGUGAUCAUUUGUGGAUACCAGCCCUGCAGAAAGACUUUGCUAGAUUUCUCUUCAGCUUUUUUCUCUUGUAUUAUAAGACCAGUAGCUGUUUUUUCCCUUUAUCUGUUCUAUGGGAAUUGGAGAACUUGCAUCUGCUGUCCAUGUCACUGCGGGCAGCAUUCCAUAUUACAUACUGCUUAGUGCAGUUCCUGCCCUGCCUGCUUUGUCUAUGCUGCCCACUGGUGGUGGGGGUUUUUUGUGUAGUUGGAAUGGGGAUCCUAUGUGGAGCUGGAGGGUGUCCUCUGUAGUAGCUUUACCCCUCUGCGGGAUCCCACAGUGUAUUUCUCCAUGGUUUUCCUUCUCUCCAUGGUGGUGAUUGCUCAGGGCCUUUCCAUUUGAGCAGUGUGUUCCAGUUCUUUUUAGCUCAUCAGGUUUACGCUUUAGACAAACUUUCUUACUAAAGAGUUGUGUGAUGAACAUUAACCCUUCCCUCAAAUCUCACUAAUGAACAUGCUCACUAGCAUGUGGUGGAAGAAAGGAAGGUUUGGUAUAGUCUUAAAUUCUAUCAUAAUUACACCUGAAUAAUGGAGAAAGCUCCCAUUGAGUGCAAAGUCUUUAGUAAGGAUGAUUGGAUUAGUCGAAAUACAUUCACUUGACAAAACAUUAGUAUUCUCUGUUACCAUUGUCUGUGCAUGCAUGUGGUAUUUGUGUUAUAUACUUGAAAUGGAAAUUCUGAACCUCAUUAUCCUUGAUCUUGAAGCCAGCUUUCAGAAGCUUAUCAAAAUAAUAAAGUGGCUAACCACUUGGUUUAAUUUGAAAUUGUCUAUUUAGUGUUGCUGGAUAGAAUGUAGGUUUUAAAUGUGGGACUAAAACUUGCCACACUCCGAGGUUUCAGUAUCUUCCCCACAGCCCAUUUGGACUUAAGUUAUGUAAUGCAACUUUACAUGAAUUAAUGAGAAUAAAAGGAGACGAUUCUAA